AUGCGUGAAAUAGUAGUCCUUCAUUUGGGCCAGUGCGGGAAUCGUGUGGCGGAAAGCUUCUGGGAAAACAUUUGUGACGAACACUGUCUGGAUCAGGAGGGCUGCUUCAUCGGUGAACACUAUCUGCCGCGGCAACGCAUCAACGUCUACUUCGAUGAGUCACCCUGCUGCAACUACGUACCGCGGACCAUCUUCGCCGAUCUGGACCGCGGUUCGCUGGAUUAUCUGCGCUGCUCCAGCUAUGGGCGACUGUUUUCCCCGGACAGCUUCAUCGGCGGCCAGACAAGCGCCGGUAAUAACUGGGCCCGUGGUUACCACACCGAGGGUGCGGAACUGUUGGAUCAGAUCAUCGAUGCAGCUCGGCGAAUGGUCGAAGGAUGCGAUUGUCUGCAGGGGUUCCAGUUGGUGCACUCGAUUGGUGGCGGAACCGGAUCCGGUCUCGGCACGCUGCUGCUCGAGAAUUUGCGUGAUCUGUAUCCGAGCAAGAUCCGGAAUACCUUCAGCGUCAUACCGUCACCGAAGGUGUCGGAGGUCGUAGUGGAACCGUACAACGCGGUGUUUGCGCUCAGCUCGAUGAUCCAGUCGAGCGAUGAAACGUUCUGCCUCGACAACGAGGCACUGUACGAUAUCUGUGCGAAUACGUUACGCUUGAAGGCGCCCCGGCUGGACGAUCUGAACCAUCUCAUCGCGUCCGCCAUGUCCGGUCUGACGUGCAGCUUCCGCUAUCCCGGCCAGCUGAACUCGGAUCUGCGCAAACUGCUCACCAACAUGGUCCCGUACCGGAAGCUCCACUUCUUCGUGCCCGGUCUCGCUCCGCUCGGGUCCCGCGAAUCCGAAUGCUACCGGCAGACGACCGUCCCGGAGCUGGUGCAUCAGCUGUUCGGUAGCAGCAAUCUGAUGGCCGCCUGUGACCCGUCCCAGGGUACGUACUUGACGGCGGCGGCCAUUUUUCGCGGGCGGCUCUCGACCCGGCUCAUCGAGGAGCAGAUGAGUGGCGUACGGUCGCGGGACCGGCGUCUCUUUAGUGCCUUCAUACCGAACAACAUCAAGUGCGCCAUUUGCGAUAUACCGCCACGGGGGCAGAAAAUGUCGGCCACGUUCGUGGCGAACACGACCGCCAUUACGCAGCUUUUUCGUCGCAUCGCACAACAGUACGCCACCAUGUUUCGCCAGAAGGCCUUCCUGCACUGGUACGUCGGCGAAGGGAUGGAGGAGAGCGAGUUCGAGGGCAUGGAGCAAAAGCUGACGGCGUUGAUCGACGAGUACCGCUCGUACGAGCAGGAAGGCCAACCGUACAUCGUGGAGGAGACGUAA